AAUGCUAAGAACGAGGAGAUCCUGCUCUCGCUGGAGCACGUUCGUCCCGGCAACGGGUACAAGCCCAAUUUCAUAAUGUUCGAGAAGUGUGAGGUGAACGGGAAGAACGCGCACCCCCUCUUCACCUUCCUGAAAGAGGCGCUGCCCUUCCCGCACGACGACCCCUCCUCACUGAUGACCAACCCCCAGUACAUCAUCUGGUCCCCGGUCAGCCGCAACGACAUCUCCUGGAACUUCGAGAAGUUCCUCAUCGGCCCUGACGGCGUGCCCUUCAAGCGCUACAGUCGGCACUUCGAAACCAUCAAGAUCCAGGAUGAUAUUGAGUUGCUUCUGCAGAAGGUUCCCAAAUAA